AUGGAAGAUAAAGAAAAUCCUGGCACAUCAUUGAACAAACGUCUUAAGAAGAAAACAACGAAGUGGGAUUUAAAUUUAAGUGGCUGUGAGGACGAAACAGAAGUUCCACUGGUAUCAACCGAUGAUGAGGAGAGUUCUAGUCAUGAAGAUGCACCUUGUGCCAUUUGUGGAAAAAGUUUUUCACAAGACAAGCUAAGAGAAAAAUGGAUAAGAUUUGGUCAUGUUAAUGGAGCACUAGAACAUCAACAAGCUAGAGCAUUUGGUCAAAAUUUAAAUCGACCAAAUCAGCAACCCCAUCAGCCUGCCAAUUUUGGACAAUAUAACAAACCUGUAGAACAAAACUCACAACCAUCAUCAUUAGUUGGUCUCCGAUCUGCCGGUUUUGGUCAACAUCUUGACCGACCAGUCGCCCAUAAAACAGGCAAUGAAUACAAUUACGAUAAACAGUCUACCAACUACUACAAUGGUAAGGAAUCAAAAAUUUUGAGAUAUGAAUCAGAACAAGAUCCCGAACAAGGUUACAAAUUUGCUUACCACACAAGUGACGGCAACGAAGAAGUUCAAAGGAGCGAAGAAGCAGAAAUAAAGAGAAUUGACGAAGAACAUGCCAUAGUGGCGGUGCAAGGUGUUGUUGAGUAUGUUAACCGUGAAGGCAAACGUGUAAGAUGGACCUACACUGCUGAUGAAAAUGGAUAUCAUCCAUCUGAAAUUACAGUUACAUAA